AUGAGAAUUCCGCUACUUUCUUGGCUUUUCUUGAUACCCAUUUUCGCAAUCUCGGUCUCAGGCCAAUGUCUCGAAGAACAGAAAUCACUCUUGCUCCAACUCAAAAACACCCUCACUUUCACUCCAUCAAUUUCCACCAUACUCACAAACUGGACUCAAACUCUCGAUUGCUGCCAGUGGAACGGAGUAACCUGCGACCGAAACGGCCGCGUCACGGGUCUCGAUUUGCACAGCGAAUCGAUCUCGAACGGAAUCGACCGUUCCAGUCCCCUUUUCAGUCUCAGCCAUCUUGAAACCCUGAAUUUGGCUUACAACAGUUUGAAUUCCAGCCCAAUUCCAGCAAAUAUUGGCAACCUCACUAAUCUGAGGUAUUUGAAUUUGUCAAAUUCUGGGUUUUCUGGGCAACUCCCAACUGGGUUAUCGCUGUUAACAGGGUUGGUUAUCCUUGAUUUAUCCGCUCUGAAAUUUUUUGGAACUCCUCCUCGAUUGCAAAUUGAAAACCCUGAUUUGUCAACACUUUUUGGUAACCAUAGUGGGGUUGUGGAGCUUUAUCUUGAUGGGGUGAACAUAUCAGCAAAUGGGUCUGAGUGGGGUAAGGCCAUUUCUUCUUCAAUGCCUAAUCUGCGAGUUUUGAGCUUGUCAAAUUGCCUUCUAUCAGGCCCUAUUGAUUUUUCACUUCAAAGUCUCAAGAAGCUUUCGAAAAUCAAUCUGAGUCGUAACAAUCUCGCGUCUCCGGUCCCUGAUUUCUUUGCGAAUUUCCGGAAUUUGACAGUUUUGAUUCUUAUUUCUUCGAACUUGAACGGGACGUUUCCGGGGAACAUUUUACAGCAGGUACAUACACUGGAGACUCUGAAUUUGGCAAGCAAUGAACUACUCAAUGGUUCUUUACCUGAUUUUCCCGAAAAUGGGUCCCUUCGAGAACUGGUGCUUAGCUUCACCGGUUUUUCCGGGAAUUUACCGGAAUCCAUUGGGAGUUUGAUGGAGCUAACAAGGAUAGAGAUUCCGGGGUGUUUUUUCCGCGGAGCGAUUCCAAAUUCAUUAUCGACCCUUAGCCAGCUUGUUUAUUUGGAUUUUUCAUCCAACAAUUUUAGUGGUCCAAUACCUUCGUUUCAGGGAUCCAAAAAUCUCACUUUAUUAGACCUCUCUCAUAAUGCACUAACAGGUGAAGUUUUCCCCACAUACUUUGAAGGGCUUUUGGAUCUUGUGUACAUAGAUUUAUCAUACAAUUCUUUCAAUGGGAAUAUUCCUUCUUCUCUGUUUUCCCUUCCUUCUCUGCAGAAAAUUUUGCUCUCCAACAACAAAUUUGGUGGUCAAAUUUCUGGGUUUCCUCCAAAUGGCUCCUUGUCUAAGCUGGUUACACUAGAUUUGUGUAGUAACAUAUUAGAAGGUCCUAUCCCCUCCUACUUCUUUGAUUUUCUAGGGCUUAAAAUCCUCUCACUUUCUUUCAAUAAUUUUAGUGGCAUCGUAGACCUAAAAACUAUGCAAAGAAUCCAAAAUCUCUCUAGACUUGAGCUUUCUUACAACAACUUGUCAGUCUAUGCAAGUGUCGAUAUUUCUAGCUUGUCUUCCUUUCCCCAGCUGAACGUAUUGAGAUUGGCUUCGUGCAAUCUGCGGAAGUUUCCUGCACUGAUGAACCAAUCGAGACUCACCCAUUUAGACCUUGCAGACAACCAAAUUCCAGGGGUAAUACCCAAUUGGAUUUGGAAUGUGGGAAAUAGAACUCAUGCGUAUAAUAGUCUUCAGCACGUGAAUCUUUCUUGUAAUCUCCUAGUGGGUUUACAAAGCGCAUAUAUCAUGCCUAUUCUUGGUGUUCUUGACCUUCAUUCCAAUAAGCUCCAAGGUGAUAUCCCAUUACCACCAGAAACAGCUAUCUAUGUGGACUACUCCAGCAAUAAUUUCAACACUACUAUCCCUGGUGAAAUUGGCAGAGGCAUAUCCUUUGCUAAUUUCUUUUCUCUUGCCAAUAAUGCGAUCACUGGACCUAUCCCUCAAUCCAUAUGCAAUGGGAGCUACCUUCAGGUUCUUGAUUUGUCCAACAAUAUGUUAAGUGGCAGUAUACCACAAUGUCUGAUUGAAAAUUGCACUGAGACUCUUGGGGUGCUGAAUUUGGGGAACAACAGUCUUUCUGGCAAUAUAUUCGGAACAUUCCCACAAGAAUGUGUUUUAAAGACGCUGGAUUUGAAUAGGAACCAUUUGGAAGGGCAUGUUCCAGAAUCUCUGUCGAAUUGCGCCAUAUUGGAGGUUUUGAAUCUUGGCAGCAACAACAUUAAGGGUAAUUUCCCUUGCUUUUUGAAAAACUCAUCCAAUUUGCAUGUCUUGGUUUUGCGGUCCAAUGGUUUUCAAGGGGGCAUAAGAUGUCCAGGGCUGAAUAGUACUACGUGGCCGAAGCUUCAAAUCAUCGAUAUAGCUUUGAACAACUUCAGCGGUGAUCUGCCUCCGGAAUGGUUCCUACAUUGGAACGCAAUGAUGCUUGAUGGGAAUAAUCCAAAACCAGAUCUCAAUCACCUGCAUUACGUGUACCUGAACUUAAAUAACUUCUACUAUCAGGAUAAAGUAACUGUAACCGUAAAAGGGCUAGAGAUAGAGCUGGUGAAGAUCUUAACGGCUUUCACUUCCGUUGAUUUCUCAGUUAAAUGGGAGCAUUCCGCCAAAAUUGCAAGGCUUACGUUUCUUUCAGUCCUGAACUUAUCAUAUAAUCAACUGGUUGGUAGGAUACCACAAGGCUAUCAAUUCCAAACAUUCUCAAGUAUUUCGUUCGACGGAAACAAAGGAUUAUGCGGAUUUCCGUUGACCGAUUGUUACAAGGAAGCCAAACCGACACUGCCAACAUUGGAGGGUAGGCAGUCAUAUACUCAGGAGGAUGAGAUUAACUGGGUCUACAUAACCAUUACGUUGGGGUAUAUUGUGGGGUUUGGAGUUAUUGUUGGGCCACUUUUGUAUUCGAAAAGAUGGAGACAAUGCUACUACAAACCAGUUGAUAGAGUUAUUUUGAGGAUUCUCCAUCACCGAGAGUGGCGAGCAAGACAUCAAAGAGGAAGAGACAAUAGAAACCAGCUUCACAAACGCCAGCACCGCUGA